AUGGGAGAGUCAGUUCCCCAUCAGCCUGAUGGGGAACGAGUAUCAAGGCAGCAUAGAUCUCAGCAGAAAGGUGAUCAGAGAGGGGCACGGGACAAUCCAAAAAGUCAGAAUGGAAAUGGUCAAGAGAAAGACUAUCGUCAUUCCAAAGGCUACAAUGAAAGGCCAGAUAGAAAGAGCUCUCAGGAGCGUGGUCAGCACCGGCAACGGGAGAGAGAUAAGUACCAUGAAGAGAGGUCAGAAAGAGGUCAUCAUGAUGAGAUAGGGAGUUGGCAUCACGAUAGAGAACGAUAUUAUGAGGAGCGGGCUACAAAUAGAGACAAAAGCGAGAGACGUCCAAACCAAUAUGAGAAAAGUGAGCACUAUCACAAAGAGAGGGAGCAUGGUAAAUCUCAGCAAGAGAAGACUCCAAACAGAUACGACGUAAGACACAACUCUCACAUGGACAGUGAAUCGUCCUGGAAGCAGGAUGAGAGGAGUAAUAACCGAUACAAGGAAAGGGAGCGGCCGCAGAAAGAUAGGGAGUCUUAUAGGAACCAAGGAGACAACAACCAGGAGAACUACCGCGAGAGAGACUGGCAUCACAGAGAUUAUCUGUAUAGUAUAGACCAAACACAGAGACAUCCAAUGGACGUGAGUGACAAAGAGCCUUAUUUCAAAGCUGAGAGGUAAGAAGCCAGUGCAUUUUCAUUUUCCAGUUUAAAUAAACUUGCUUGGUAUCCGGUAACAUUAUUGAUACAAAAUGACAAGUGCCAUCUUACUUGGCCUGAUGCCAAAAUCCACUGAAGAAGACUUCAUGCACGCAAGGUGUUAUAAUGAAACUGAUAGGACAUCAUGCAAUGUGCCUCAUUUACUGCAAUUUCCAGAGACCUGCAGUUUUUCAAAGGAUGUCUGUAGAGAAGAGGAAAUGGGAGGUAAACAUUCCCUGUCUUAAAGUCAUUAUGAUGGGGGCCAACUCCAGCCAACAUCAUCAAGAAGAAGUGCAUUUUUUUGCGUGUGAAUUAAGCAUCACUUGCUGCAUUUCACAGGCAUAUUUCUUAAAGGGACACUAUAGUCACCAAAAUAAUUUUAACGUAAAUAAGCUAUACAUCAUGCCCCUGCAGUCUCACUGUUUAAUUCUCUGCCAUUUAUGAGUUAAAUCACUUUGUUUAUGCAGCCCUAGCCACACCUCCUUGCAUGUGACUUACUCAACCUUCCUUAACACUUCUUUAAAGAGUCCUCUAAUGUUUACACUUCCAUUAUUACAAAUUCUGUUUAAUUUAGAAUUUCUCCUGCUCUGAGAGUAUCCCUUAGAAUUGGUAUCCAGAAUUCUGGUGAGCAGGUCUCACAGUCUAACUCACUAUAGGUAUGACAUAAUAUGUUAGCAGCUAGUUCAAUGCAUGUCGUUUGUUUGUGUUGCACAGGUCGUUUGCUCCAAAUGGCUCCCAGAUAAACGAUGUAGAAUAUUACGACACAGAAUCAGAUGGUGGAAUCCUCAAUUGUCACAAAUGCAGAUACCUAUGUACAGGACGUGGUAAGGACCCUUUAAGAAACAAAUUUAGCCAGUUUUGAGUUUUAGUGUAUAUUGCACCAAUAUAUCCCACUGUUCUGUGGUUUACAAAAGUUGGGCAAUGCGGAAACUUCUUGUGUCCGUAACAAGUGGCCUUGCAGCCUCUUUUAAUGACUGUUUAGAUUGUAAUAAAUAACUCCUUUGUUUAGACCCAAAGCCGAAACUAGCAGCCGUCUGCCUUGCCAUCGAGUGGAAUUUCUGGUUCUUCUAGGUGUGUUUUAGAAAAAAUGAGUUUCACUUUGGUUGUAUCGUCCAAAAGUGGCUGUACAUUGCAGAGGAGUGUUACUGCGUUAGCGGAGUUUAUCAAACACUUUCGUGAUCAAGUCAUGUGUUUGUCUAAUUGAACUCUGAACAAAUCAUCUUUGUUCAGUAAUCACCCCUUGUAAUUUCUGAUUGUCUGUUCACCUAGUUACCUGACAUGGAUUGCAAUUCCAAUGGUAAGCUCAACUGUCACAACAAGGCAAAUCCUCUUAGGUGAGCCCUACACUAACGAUUCACCUUGCUGAUUUCAGCUAAAAGAUAGAAAUCUCCAAUAAGUCAGAAAGGGAUAGUUUUUAUGAACCCCCUACACACAUAUUAACCCAUAAAAGGGGAACACAUGUGAUGGGCGGCAGCACUGUAACAUGGCUGUCUGAUACAAAAUGAGCUCUGCACUCAAACUCCCACUACUCCUGGGCAGCAGUAAUGACUAUAGUACACAGAACAGAAAUAAAAAAAACUGUUAGCUGCGCUCUAUCCCAAUUCCUAUACACAUUUCAGUAAAUGGAGGUUUUUUUUUUAAAUUUUAGUUUCACUUAAAGAGCCAUUGGAGUGAUUCUAAAAAAAAAAAAAAACUCCAGUCGUCGUGCUUGGGGUUACCCCCUCUGUUUCUUCCCAGUUUAUACUCCAUUAGCUCACCCCUUACUUUUAAUUAGGGAUUUCGCAUAGAGCACAGGUAACUCCUUUUUGGUUUAUGUUCUAUGCAUUUGGGCUGAUGAAUACUGUAGUCAUUGCUGAUGGCCAGGAGUAGUGGGAGUUUAAGCGCAGGUUUCCGUUUGUGUGUGUGUGUGUGUGUAUAUGGAUUGCAAUUCAUUUAGUGUGCCUGUCACCCAUAUUUACUUUAUUCAGUAGAAUAUGGAAAAAUAAAAAAUCUUCAUUUUCAGAUUUAUACAAGCCGAUAUCUGGUACCAUUCCAAAACAGAAAAUGCUAACUAUUCUUUGAGAGCACCAAGUUAGGUGCAGCAAUGCAUGUUCACAGACCAUGUUAUAAACAGGAACCUCCUCCAUUAGUAGAGGAAGCCGAUUGUAUGUACAGCUAAGUAUCUCAUUUUUAGACUUUCUCCCUGGUUGAAACUUGCCGAUCUACCUGCAUGUCCCUCGGAUCAGCGUCCAUUGUGUCCAUUGAGAGCCUUUGACAUACUUUUCAUUUUAUUACAAAUAGAUUUAAACCAAGAUGUUUUAGUAAUCUGAAAUGUUAUUUUCUUAAGUCAGUCUGAAAUAAACUUUCCCUCUUCCCAUUUACCAUCAUGGCAAUGCAUAACAAUGUCCCUUAGAUUGGCUAGCAGCAUUUCACGGUGACCCUGUAAACAUUUGUGCUCUAUUAGUCUGUCAUAGAUGCUGAAUACCCAGGUGAUCUGCAGGAAUUUGGAUGAGCUUAACAUUUUAUAAAAACGCAAAUUAAAAACUUGCGGAAAAAGCUGUAAAUAAAUCGUAUUUCUGAUGUCUGUUUAAUUUCAGCUUAUCUGAAUAACUAUAUUUAAAGUCCAGACAUUUAUGCAAACGUUACAGAGCAUGCAUAGUAAAAGGCAAGUCUUACAAUUUAUAUGUAAAUAUUGGAAUUAUCUAGGUUUAUUUAAUAAAUAAUCAGUUUCUAUUAAGAUGUUACUGGCAUUCUAGGAUCUGUUGCCUUAAUUUCUAUUUUUGUGUUCUGUUUUGUGUGAGUGGAGCGUUUGCCACCAACAGUGACUCGAGACUAGGAUCCCUCUGUCCCAAUAACCUAUGUUACUAAUACUAAGCAGUCUCAGCUGCUGCAGCACCUCUUACUAAAGUGAUCUGUACACUCUGAGAUUUUCCUGUAUAUUACAAAUGGAACAACACAAUGAAUAUUGGAUUUUUUUAAUAUCACAUCUUUGCUAUAAUGACUGUGAUCUUAUACCAAACACUAAAAUUAUACCUGGCUCCCUUCCUCUGGGUCCACUUUCUAAAAUGCUCCUAUUUAUUCUGCGUUUACUCAUACUCACCAUUCCCUAUUUGACUCUGUGACUCACGUUGAUUUUUAUGGCCAAAUACACGUCAUGUUCCCUCAUAUAAAUAAAAUGGGGUGAAAGGUUCACUUUCUAUAACCGUAAUUAUGUUAUUAUUAAAGGGACACUAUAGUAACAUAACUAUAUCUUAUCUCCUGCUCUGUUAAUAGCUUGCUAGACAUUGCAGAAGUCUCCUGUGUGUGAUUACAAGUUCAAUUAACAGAAAGGGGUAAACACUUGUAAAGUAAGUUAACAUCUGAUUGGAAAUAAAAACUUUUUUUUUUAAUUUUUCAUGCAGGCUGUGUCAGUCACAGCCAGAUGAGUUGUGACUAGGGCUGCAUAAACAGAAACAAAAGUGAUUUAACUCCUAAAUGGCAGAGAAUUGAGUAGUGAGACUGCAGGGGCAUGAUCUAUACACCAAAACUGCUACAAUAAGCUAAAGUUGUUUUGGUGACUAUAGUGUCCCUUUAAGCUUAGUUUGCACAUUUUUAGAUGUUCUUAUUCGGAGGAGAAAAGUGAAGUAUUCCUAGAUUGCAAACCAUGUAGAUCCAUAGACUGUUGUGUUUUAGAGAAUUUUAUAGUAAUUGUAAGUGUAGCCAUGUGGUAUCCAUAGGGAUUUAUUCACUACUCAUUGAGUUGGAGUGCGGUAUUGAGCAAUCCCUGUUUAACCCAAUUCCAUGAUUUGGUUAUUGUCCUUCUUUCAUCCACUAACCUCUUGGAUGUCCCAUAUAAUGUGGGCUGUAUGUCCUGAGACUGCACUCUCUUUAUAUGUUCUUGUCAGCAGGAGAGUUACUAAGAAUCCCAGCCAGGAGUGUUCUGAUUUGGUGCUACCGCAGUUGUAAAACAAAACACAAAAAAGGACUGGUGCACGCAAAUAUAUACAUAGCAUUAUUUGCUGAAUCUUGAAUAGUGAUUUCUCCAAGUAUUGCAAGUUUCAGGGCUAAUUAGCCAAAAUGGAGAAAUUUCGAAGCAGUGAUCAGGGUCAUACAGCAAUGUACAUCUUGACGUGUGUAGUGAUUGUGGCACAUGGACAGAGAUGUAAAGAGACCACCGCCUGUUUUGUACGAUACUGUAGUGUAUGUGUCAGUGUAACUCCCAUCACAGGGACCCAGCCACUGCCGCUCUGUUUUGCAUCUAAUGGCUCCCUCCUCCUUUUAAUCUUUGCAGCUUUCUGUCAGAUGGUGGAAGCUCUGCUGAACAUGUUGAUCCUGAUCUGCUGCUCCGUGUCCUACAAUUCUACCGGGGGUUUCACUGGGAUCACUAACCUGGGCGGGAUUUACUAUUACCAAUUUGGCGGGGCUUACAGUGGCUUUAGUGGUGCAGAUGGAGAGAAGGCCCAACAGUUGGACGUCCAGUUCUACCAGUUAAAGCUUCCCACCGUUACAGCCUCCAUGGCGUUUGGGGGAGCUCUCAUGGCAUUCAGCUGCUUGCUCCUUCUGCUUGGGGUUCUCCGUGUUCCGUGGCGACUUCCUGUCCUGCUACUUGUGGAAUGCGUGUUGGACAUUGCGAUCGCUGUGGGCUAUAUCCCAGCGCUGUAUUUUUACAUCACUAAGCUACAACAAGCGUACGAUUCCCAAGUUUGCAAAGACCGGGAGAGCCUUUAUAGCAGCAAAGGUUAUCAGGGCUUCACCUGCUCCCUUCAUGGCGCUGAUAUUGCAGCGGCGCUGUUUGCAUGCAUGGCCAUAAUAGCCUUCAUCCUCAGUGCCGUUCUGGCUGUCAAAGGAUUCAUAAGAGUCCGGCGCAUAAAAAAGAAACCGCAAACUUCACUCGACUUUUAG